AUGUAUCUUCGAGCUGACCACGCGGAUGCCGACACGGCCACGCUGCGCCGCAUGGUUCGAGAGAACCCGCUGGGAAUACUCACCACGGCGAUUCCUUCCGACCACUUCCCCAUGAUCCAAUGCUCGCACAUUCCUUUUCUACUUGACGUGGAAGACGAGACGGACGAGGCGGAGCAAGGCAUCCUACGCGGCCACAUGGCCCGCGCGAACCCGCACACCAAGGCGCUGAUUGAGGCCGCGCAAGCGGCGGCAGACGCGGCCGGCGGCUCCCCCGACGGGUACCUCGAGCAAGAGGUCAUGGUGCUCUUCAACCUCCCCGUGCAGCACUACGUCACGCCCAAGUUCUACACCGAGACCAAGCCCGACAGCGGCAAGGUGGUGCCCACGUGGAACUACGCCGCCGCGCAGGUCUACGGCAGGAUCCGGGUGUACCACGACACCAAGUCCGACGCCGCCGGCCGAUUCCUGGCGCGGCAGAUCUCGGACCUGAGCGACGCGAGCGAGCGCUCCAUCAUGGGGUACACCGGCUCGGGCUCGGCGCCGCGUGGGUGGGCGGUGACGGACGCCCCGGAGCGGUACAUCGCGCUGCUUAGCAAGGCCAUCGUCGGCAUCGAGAUCCGCGUCGACCGGUUGCACGGCAAGUUCAAGAUGAGCCAGGAGAUGGGCGAGGGCGACCGCGCGGGCGUCGUGGCGGGCUUCCGCGCCUUGGGCACGGAGAUGGGCGCGCGCAUGUCCGAGACGGUGGAGGAGCGCGCGGCGCUGAAGAAGGCGAGGAAGGCGGCCGCGCAGCUGGCGAACUGA